UUCAGCUUCUGUUUUUAGAAGUAGUGGCCUACUUUUCACUCUUCCAAGUACCUUUGAUUGUGGAGGCUUACUUCUUCUAGGUUGCACUAUUUCUUAGAAAAUCAUCAAAUAACAACACUAGAAACCAAAUCAUUCAAGUGGUUAGCACUUAUCAGUAUGUGGUUAUAGCUACUUCUGAUACUCAAAAUCGUACACACAAAAUUAAAUCUAUUUGGCCAUCUCAUAGCUCUGAUUUUUCUUUUGUUUGCUGGUGAGAUUGUCAUAAUGUCAUAAUAAUAAUCUUAAGCAGGUCCUCUGUAAUUGGAGAAGAAGAGAUGGAUGUUGUUUUGAUCCGAGAGACCUGACAUGCUAGUUUACUUAAAUGGGACAGGAUGGGCCAUGGGGAACCAUGACACGUUCCUGAGUAUGUCAUUGUUUUGCUUAUCCAUUAUUGUGCUACAAUACAUCCUGAAACUCUGCGACUUAAAACAACACUGUAUUAUUAUCUCUUAAGAUUUCAUGGGUUGAUGGAGCUCAGUUGGGUAGUUCUCAUUUGGGGCCUCUUAUGUAGAGGUCAUCAGACAGCUGCUGACUAGAGUUGACUGGCCUGAAAUUCAAGAGGGUACACUGUCAUGGCUGGAGAUUUUUCUGACUGACAGCUGAGGUGGUAGGCUGACACCUGCACAUGGCUGAGGUGGCACAUUUACAUGGCCUCCAUGUUACUUGGGCUUUCCAACAGUGUGUCAGUCUGAGGACAGUAGUAUUUCUAACCUGCCAGUUCUGGGCACCAGGGGUGAGUCUUCCAAAAGGCCCAGGGAGAACCUGAGAAGUUUUUUAUGAUUGGGCUCAGAAGUCCUAGAAAGGAGUUAUUUUAUUGAUUAAUUGGAUGAACAAGUCCCUAAAGCCAGCCCAAUCUCAGGGGAAGGACUGCCUUUUGGGUGUCAAUAGAUAGUUUGAUUACUGGUGCUGAAAGUUUUGUGUGUUAGUGAAUUCAUCAAACAGAAGACAGAUGGUGAGAGGGAGAGAGAGAGAGAGAAAAGAGACUUACCAAUCUGUUUCUGUUAGCAGUACUAGGAAGUUACCAAGUCUAUUGGCCUCUGGAACAUGCUGUGCUGCUUCUGUGUUAAUAUGUGAUGUAAACUAGGUGCAAGAAACCUCUUUCAGUCAUUGCCUUCAUUGAGCAAGAUUAAAACUGCAACAGAGCAAAAAAUUGAACUGUCAUCGCUGUCCUCUUUUCCUGUUCUUUAAAGGAGGUUAAGAAAUGGCUCCUCGCCUUGACAGUCCCAUGAUAUGUUACACUAGCUCAUCAGCUCUCAUCUUUAGCACACUGUGGCUUUCUGCUUGGUAAAGAGCUUAUGAAAUCAGAGUACUUUGAAUGGAAAAAUGAUCACAGAAGCCCAUGAACGAGUGUUUAGAGAAUAGGAGAGUGUUGAGCCAGUUAAAUUGAGAAGCUGCAGUGCAGGAGGUCAUGAGAGAUGUAGGUAAGAAAGCAGUUUUCUGAAGGUCAGUAGAUGGAAAAUGUGUGAGGGGAGCAGAAAACUGGGCUGUACUAGAAGUCCAUCUGGGACAGUGGUUUUAAAUCUAUGUUGUGGUUCUUUGAGAGACUAGUGGCAGCUCCAUAAAUAGAAAAACAGGUGCAGCAAGCUAAGAAUCACAGAGGCUUUGUGUGUGAGAAUGUAAUUUUCUUUAUUUCUCUAGCAAUUGAAGUCAACUUUACAUAGGAAUUCUCAUUCCAUCUGAUGGCAGAAACAAAUCUCACUGAUUCAGAGUUUUUUCAUGUCCACUGAUUCCACUGGUUCUAACUGGAAGUAUUUGGGGGUACUGAGUGUGGAGGAGAUGGAGAUGGUGAAGGCUUAUCCUGGUUUCUGGGGAUGGAUUCAGGUUCACAGGUCAUUCUGUGAUCUUACAAACUCCACCUAAAUCAUGCCAGUCCCUCGAACUGCACUUGCUAGGGCUUUUCAAGUAUUGACCAGCUCUGGCUCCUCUCAGUCCCCUUGGAGGGUUUAGCACUGGGAUAUCCUGAACUCUGUAAGACAGCCAUUCUCAGGCCCAAGCAGUUCUGCUGCCAGGGCUGAUUUUGGUUCAGGCCAGGCUGGACAUGGCACUUUGCUACAACACUGGCAAUGCCAGGGGUCUUCCUGAGAAGCCAAGCUUUAUUCUCUCUUCCAGGAGUCACUAUCAGUUUCUUCCCUCAAAAGGAGGCCAGGGCCACUAUCAGUUUCUUCUCUCAAAAGGAAGCUAGGGUUUCUUUUGCUUGGUGAUGGUGAAGAGUGGGGUGCUGGACCACCUCUCAGAGACCUGGGGUUUAAUAAACACAAGCCAUCCCAAUCUGCUCUGUCUUUCCUUUCUGCUGGUCACCUCUGUUCCUUUGGUGGGAAAAAGCAGUUUUAAACCACCAUGUAUAUUCUUCUGGACUCCAAGGUUUAUGAUAUAAACUCUAUGGUCUCAGUUCUUCAACACUUGGACUUUGUGAGCACAAAAAUAUUUUCCUCUCAAGCUUUUAAGCCUGGUGUUAAUGUCCAUGAAAGAAAAUCCUUCAAAAUGUUCUCCCACGACAUGGGCCAUGGGAAAUGCUUUAUGUUUCAGACAUCAGCUUAUGUCACUUCAGUUCAUUGCAGGUAUAUUAUUGGAGUUUCCCCGGACCCCAGCAACUUACCAGGUGGGGGACUGGCUGAAAUCCUCAGAGGGUGAGGUCACUUUUUAGGAAGGUGGCCUGGGUGUGAUGGGAGACAGUCAAGAAUUCCCAAUGAUAAGCACAUUUCAGAGGUGGGAGGAUAGUGAGAGACUUUCCAGAAGGGUAAGGGUGCUACUUCUGUUUCUGGAAAGUUUUUUUCUAACUGUAAUCUCUGUAUUGCAUCAUCAGCACGCACAGGAGGUGUUAGUGGAGUGUUACGCUGAAGUUUAGGAUGUGUUUGGAGCGUGUGUGUGUGUGGUGCUGAGAACUCCGCAGAGAGGGAUGCAGGGGUGACAGUCUCUAGCUUAUGGGAGACUCCAAUCCAGGAGGUGAAGUGAGGCAGGUGUACAUAGGAGUUACCUAAAGAAAGGAAGCAAAGGGAAGGAGAUUCAGGGCAAGUGCUCAGCACAGCUAAGGGAGGGAGGAGAUGACCUCAAGGUCCCAGGAGAGACCUUCAAGAUUAUAAAAUAAGAACGGGAGUUUUCAAAUCUCAUACUGGAACGGGUAUUUGAGAGUCCCACGUGGGUGUACAAACCUGUAUGUCUAGUGGGACACGAUUGUGAUGUGGGUGGGGGGAGGGGUCAACACUUAGAAAAAGGAGAGUCCAGUAUCCAGUGUGCCUGUAGUUACUCAGGAGGCUGAAGCAGGAAGGUCACUUGAGCUCAGUGGGGUAGUGUGUGUGCGUGUGGGGAGGGGGGAAGUGCAAUUUUAAUUUUUAUUAGUUCUCCCCUCCCCCAGUCCUAGGUGCGACCUUGCCUGGCACUCAUUUGUAUGACCUUGGCCAUUCAUUUUCCUGAGUGUGAAUUCUCCUUUGCAUAGUGAGCCAGUGGAAGUGAGUGGGUUUUAAGUUGUGGCUCAAGCAGUAGGGCGCCUGCCUAGUAAGUUCCUAGUAAGUUUGAGGCCCUGAGUUCAAAUCCCAAUACCGAAAAAAAAAAAAGAAAAAAAAAUCAAAAAACAGUUUCGGUCUAGUAUCAAGACCACCGUAAGACAGUUAAACUGCUUUUUCAUGAAUCAGCAGAUAACAUUUGCGCAGUGUUUUAUGCUAACUUCUGUAACCACAACAUGAGAUGGAGGCUGUUAGGAGCGUUUCUCACAGAAGAGGAAACCAAGAUAGACACGUCCUCUAAAGAUGGCGACUCCCUUCUAAGAAGCAGGAUCACUUCAUAUAGAACAAGGCCUUCUCUAAGGAGAAUAUGAAAGUGUUACUCAGACUUGCUUGUUUCAUAGUUCUACUGAUUUCUUUGGAGGCUGAUAAAUGUGAUGAACGUGAAGAAAACAUAAUUUUUUUCUCAUCUGCAAAUGAGAUUGAUAUCCGUGCCUGUCCUCUUAACCCAAAUGAAAACAAAGGCACCAUAAUUUGGUAUAAAAAUGACAGCAAGACACCUAUAUCUACAGAACUAGACUCCAGGAUUCAUCAGCAGAAAGAUAAACUUUGGUUUGUUCCUGCUAAGGUAGAAGACUCAGGACAUUACUAUUGUGCAGUAAGAAAUUCAACUUACUGCCUCAAAAUUAAAAUAACUGCAAAGAUUUUGGAGAAUGAGCCUAACUUGUGUUAUAAUGCACAAUCUAUAUUUAUACAGAGACUACACAUUGCAGAAGAUGGAAGUCUUGUAUGCCCUCAUUUAGAUUUUUUUAAAGAUGAAAAUAAUGAGUUACCCAAAGUACAGUGGUAUAAGGAUUGUACACCUCUACUUCUUGAUAAUAUACACUUUUCCGGAGUCACAAAUAAACUCAUCAUGAGGAAUGUAACUGAAGAGCAUAGAGGGAAUUACACUUGUCAUAUAUCCUACACAUACUUGGCAAGGCAAUAUCCUGUUACCAGGACAAUAGAAUUUUUUACUUUAGAGGAAAUCAAGCCCUAUAGACCUGUGAUUGUGAGUCCAGCGAAUGAGACAAUGGAAGUGGACUUGGGAUCCAAUAUACAAUUGAUCUGCAAUGUCACUGGCAAGGCCAGUGACCUUGUCUUCUGGCAGUGGAAUGGGUCAGAAGUUGCUUUUAUUGAUGAUCCAGUACUGGAGGAAGAUUACCAACUUGUGGAAAAUCCUUCAGACAAAAGAAAGAAUAUGCUCAUCACAACACUUAAUAUCUCAGAAGUCAGAAGUCAGUUUUAUCUAUACCCAUUUACCUGUUUGGUCAAGAAUACAGAUAAGAUAAGUGCAGCAUAUGUACAACUAGUAUACCCAGUCCCUGAUUUCAAGAAUCUCAUGAUUGGGAUAUUUGUUACUUUAACAGUUAUAAUUGUGUGCUCUGUUUUCAUCUAUAAAAUCUUCAAGGUUGACAUUGUGCUUUGGUAUAGGGGUUCCUGCUCUGACUUUCUCCCAAAGAAAGCUUCAGAUGGAAAGAUCUAUGAUGCAUAUAUACUAUAUCCAAAGACCUUUGAGGAAGGGUCCACCUCAGCCACAGAUAUUUUUGUGUUUAAAGUCUUGCCUGAGGUCUUGGAAAAACAAUUUGGAUAUAAGCUGUUCAUUUAUGGAAGGGAUGACAACGUUGGGGAAGAUGCUGUUGAGGUCACUAAUGAAAAUAUAAAGAAGAGCAGAAGGCUGAUUAUCAUUUUAGUGAAAGAUAUGUCAGGCUUCUGCUAUCUGGGUCAUUCGUCUGAGGAGCAAAUAGUGAUGUACAAUGCUCUCGUUCAGGAUGGAAUUAAAGUCAUUCUGCUUGAGCUGGAGAAAAUCCAAGACUAUGAGAAAAUGCCAGAAUCCAUCAAAUUCAUUAAGCAGAAACAUGGGGCCAUUCGCUGGUCAGGGGACUUUAGAGAGGGACCACAGUCCGUGAAGACCAGGUUCUGGAAAAAUGUCAGGUACCACAUGCCAGCACAGCAGUGGUCACCUGCAUCCAAACACCAGCUGCUAUCUGUGCCCACCAGGCCAGACCCUAAGGAGAAACUACAAAGGGGGGUUCACUUGCCUCUUGGGUAGCAUGGAGAAACUGGGCCAAGAGAUUUUUGGGUGCUUCUUGUUGUAAUGGCAUUGCAGGCUGGGCUGUGCCUCCUGCUGCUUGUAUAGUCAUAAAAUGUACCUGUGUAGUCCCUUGUCCCCCAAGUCACCUGGAGUCAGGUUGUUAAGGGAACAAGACUUGGUGACAAUAGCAGGUCAGGGCAAUUCAGAGUUGAGAGUUUGGGUCAGCCUUCAUAAAGGGCAUAGAUACUCUCUCUGAAUGUGUGAACUGCUGAGAAAAAGUCAUCCAAACCGUGAACUGGAAGAAACAAGCAUGCAGGAAAAGGCCAUCUAGUGAUGACUUUUAAGCUGUUCACAGCCCUAUGGUAGAACUGUAACCAUCUCUGGGAGUGCUGUAGGGACACUGGUCCUGCAGUGGCUCUCCUGGGCAGCCCUGCAAAUAGAGGACACUGACAAUGUCACAGAGGAAGGAGGAACUUUUCAUCGGCUAUGUUUUCCAGACACAUCAACAGCCAGUCAGUUUCCAAAGACCAAGUUGUAUUUGAUAGACCUGGAAAACUGUCAUUUCAAUGAAAAAAGAGAUUCUCUGGGAUUCCAAGGUGGCAGUCUGAGAGAUUUCUUCUCUUCUACAAAAAAGAUUUUAAAAGCAGUAGUAGCAGAAAUUGGCCCACUCUUUCCUCCUGGAAUGACUGUCCUGUCCUUCUUCUUCUUCCUUUGACUUGGACUGUUGCUUCUUUGAGAGACAGCUUUGCAGCGCCUGCCUCCCUCUGCUCUGCCACAUGCACAUCCUACAGCUGAAUCAUCUUCCUCAAAUACUGCUCUCCUCCCACCAGGCUUCUCCUGAAACACCUCUGAGGGGCCCCUCCUAUUCAGGAGCUAAAGCCCAUGCUCCCCUCACCAGCUUGUCACCCCCAUCCCAGCUCCCCAACCUGUCUUCAUAGCCUUCCCCUUCAGAACCCCGCUAUGGGAAUCUCAGGUCAGCCUCCUGGGCUUCCAUCUUGGCUGCACCUCCUGCCUCCUCUGACUAGAAUUCCUUCUUGUGUUUUCUUCAGCUGAUCAGGCGUUUACUGAAAUUUAAAGUUUAUUUCAAUGCCAAAGCCCCUGGGGAUCUUUCCCUAAGAGACUGCCACUCUAAAGCCCUCUGUCCUUACCACCAAUCAGCUAGUGUUGUCCAUUGACAACCACUUCCAGAAGUGCCUCCCUCUCUAGCUGGGAUCUGUGCUUUCUGAGGGGGAGGUGGUUGAUCUCUGUGUCCCUUGCUGCUUUCCAUAAACAACUUGCACAUAUGACAUAGAUUGCAUAGUGCCUUAUUUUUUUUUAAUUCUCAGAUAACUGUAUUUAAUUUUCUGCUGUUUUUCUCAUUUUAUAUAUAAAGAAAAUAACCUAUUUAAAAAAUUACUUUUUUAGUUCUGUUGGCCUUAGGACUUGAGCCUCUGUUUUCUGACUUCUGGUCCAUUGCUCUGAAUACUUGAUUUCAGUUCACUAACUGUCCCUUCCCCCCUACCUCGAUACUCAUGUGAGAAGAAAUGACAGUUUUUCUAGGAGGCAACUGAAUCCAGGAAUGGUUUUUUUAUGUAAGAAACAAAUUCAAAAGCUUUUCAGUGUUGGAAUUUAUAAAAACUAUGUUUAGAUUUCAUGUAAAAUGUCUUUACUUUCAAAUAUUCUUUCUCCCAAAGUCAAUAUUUGUUGUCCAAUUAAAAAUGGAAAAAAGCUAAAUUUUUGGUAUAAAAAAUCUUUUAAAAAAUUUGAUGACAGUCCUCAGGAUAAUUAGAACAAUUCUGGAAAAUUGCAAAGCCAAGUUCGUGUGCCAUUUAUCAGAGGAACAGGCACAGUUUUAAAAGUUGUGUGACUGUGAACAGGUCUUUUGUUUUUCAUAUUUUUCAAUAUCUAAUAUUGUGGUGAGCACAAACAUUUAUUUGGGAGGGCAUUUUUCCCCCUAAAAUUCUUGGAGCUAGACAAAAACACGAGCUUAGUGUUCUGACUCUCCCCUUCUGCCUGAUUUCUCCUGGAUGCUGUCUGACAGUGUGGUGUGGUGGUGUUAGCAGCACACACAGACUACAGCCAGAAAUCCAGGGUGGGCUUCAGAGCAUCGCAUGACCUCAAAGUCCUGUUAGAUGCUUUUAAAGUUUAAUUUUGUGGAUGAUUUUUAUUCUGUCAUCUGGAAAAAUACUGGCAUAUAUAAUAUCAAGAAAGCAAGCUUAGAAUUAGUAACAAAAUAGUGGCAGAGAUAAGGGGGGGAGUCAAAGAAUUACAAAGAAUUACAAAUAGGGAGGGACAAGAAUCAAGGGAUUCUUGAGAAUCCUAAAGGAUUUCUCCUAAAGGAGAAAGAUCCUAAACAGGAAAGCACAGGGCCACACCCCCUUUCCCAGGGAAGGUUCCAGAAGGAAGCUACAUUUCUGGUCCUCUAGAACUUCCUUUGACUUCUUUUCCCUAAUCCCCAAAUUCUUUUUAAAACUCUUCCUUUCACGAUUUCCCAUUAAUUAGGCUUCACUGCACUUUACAGUGACAUUUUUUUAAAGUCAGCUUAAGUGUAGAAGAAAUUUGCAAAUGCAAUGAAGUAUUUAAUUACCAGUGGUUAAAACUGGUUUAGCAGAAUUUUUAUCUUCCCUCACUUGUCUUUUUUUUAAUUUUACUUGCAAGGAAAGAAAAAUUAUUGAGCCAUUUUUAAUGACAUUUUAGAUUAAUUAUGUUUGUACUGAUUAAUGAUGAAGGGUUUUUUUUAAACAAAAACUUAUUUGUAUAAUUCUGCAGCAGAUGCCAGAUAUUUUUAUAUGAUAAAACACCAAAGUCAUGUACAGCGUGUAUCAUUGAUCAAUAGACUGUACUCAUU